UAAGACCCAAGAACCAAAUCCAGCUCUGACCAGCAGUGUUCAAAAACUCAGCCUUUAAAGCAAAAUCAAGACUAUCCGUUGGCAGUAGUGAAGAAAGACCCUGAUGCUGUUUCUUCGGAUACACUGCAGAUGUCCCCUUCAGCAUGUGCCACACACCCAACAGCAUCCCCAGGCUGCUCCAGUGUAAGACAAGCAUAUCCUGUAAAUAGUGUACUUAGCCUCAGCAACACAUCUCAGUCCUCUGUAUUGAAGUCUACUGAAAGGAUGCAGCUUCCGUCACUCUCACUAGUGUCAACCAAGAAUGAACAAUGCGUGCCAUUGGUUAAGCCAUUGGUUAAGCUAGAGGAAGCUUCAAUAUGUGUUGCAACAAAACCAGUCUCCAAAGAAAAUUGCACAUCCAGUUACACUACAUCUUUGGGAAGGCAAGAUAUACACUGUAAAGACAUUAAUCAUGAAAAAAUAAACAAGGCCCCAGCCACUUCUAUGCCUACUGAGGACAAGGACUUCAGCAAGCUUCCUUUCAAUUCAUAUUCUUCUGUUCAAACGAAGAGUAGCACCUUUUUACUACAUGUGUCACAAAGAUCCCUUUCACAAGGAACCUCCUUACAAGCAUCUGAGGCACCAAGCAAAAGCAGUGCAAACACAAAUAUACAUAACAGCUCAAAGGCAAUAGCUGAAGACAUGAAAAUUGCUGCACUUAAGCAAAUUUUCAAAGAUCGUGCAUUAAGUGUAAGUCCCAUUGGCAGUAUCCAUGAUACUACCCCCAAAGCUUCAACAACCACAUCUGUAUCUAAGUUGAAUCAAGUUCUAAACCUCCAGAAGAAAGCCUGUGCCACUUUGCAUACAAAAGACCUGGCUUCUUCGGAUGCAAGUCCAGUUUCCCCUUUAGGAUGCGUGAGGUCAUCAACCUUUGGUAGUAGCAAGCUUGCUGUGAGUUUAGGAGGCAAAGAUGACACAGCUCUUUCAAAGAUUAUUGCUGAAGCUAUUAAAGCGGCUGCUGAAAAACCAGUCCUUAAAGGAAUUGACCUUAAUAGAGUAGUCCGAAUAUUAAUAGAAAAUGGUGGAAUGAAGUCUGUAAAAAGAGAGAGCCACAAAUAAAAGGACAUCUAUCCCAUAAAAACAAAGCCAAUUGUAUGUUUGAUCUACAAAAGUGUAUGCAGAUUUAUGACAAAAUAAAUAAAUGUUUUUGUUUUAAAGUAA